AUGAGGCCAGUUGUUGCCGCAACAACAAACUCAACGGUUUGUUACUUGCCACACCACCCAGUAAUUAAUCCGGAUAAACAGACUACCAAACUUCGAGUGGUUUUCAACGCCUCGAAUAAAACUUCAAACGGGAAAAGUCUUAAUGACAUUUUACAUGUGGGUCCCACACUGCAAUUGGAUUUAGCCCUGCUUAUCCUUAGGUGGAGACUUUUUAAAUUUGUUUUUAAUUGCGACAUCACACAGAUGUACCGCCAAAUACGUGUCGAUCCGGCCCAUACUCCACUGCAACGUAUUGUUUUUCGGGAUUCUCCUGAAAAACCUGUACAGAACUUUGAAUUGCAAACAGUGACAUUUGGCGUAAAUUGCGCCCCCUACUUGGCCAUACGUACGCUUUUACAAUUAGCAGACGAUACUGACGAUGAAUAUCCGCUUGCUGCGCACAUACUUCCAAUUCAUCUGGAAGCUACUUCUGAUUUGUCUACGACAACAUUUUUAGCAGCCUUCCAACGUUUCAUAUCCCGACGUGGCUGUCCAAAAACUAUUUUCUCUGAUAACGGCACCAACUUCGUUGGAGCUUCUAGAGAAUUAGAUCGAGAUUUCAAAAUCGUAGUGCAGGAAUGUCGUAAUGGUUUGUGUUGCCAGUAUCAAUUUCAAGAACUUUCGUGGCAAUUUAUACCUGCCGGCGCUCCCCAUAUGGGUGGCCUGUGGGAAGCCGCUGUAAAAAGUUUUAAACUUCAUUUCCGUAAACAAGCUAAGAACUUAAAAUUCACAUUCGAAGAGUUAUCGACGAUACUCUCCCGAAUAGAAGCUUGUUUAAAUUCUCGUCCUUUGUGUCCCAUGAACGACGACUUCCAAAAUACGGUAGCACUUACCCCAGGUCAGUUUUUAAUUGGAUCUCCGAUCCUAGCUCCCCCUGGUGAAUCGGUUCCGGAAACUGAAAGCUCUGACUCAACAACUCUGCCUUCGGUGGAAAGAUGA